AUGGGGGCUCAGCCGGGAAUCAAUCAUUCGAAUUCCCAGCCAAGAACCUUCUUCAAUUCCGCCAAUUCGGAUAAUCGUUCUGUUCACCAAUCCCGGUCUGACAAUAACAGUUUCCCCAACCCAAGUCUAACUCCUUAUUCUUGUGCCUUCUGUUCCCAGUCUCAUGACUCUGCUAGCUGUCAGAUUGUCCAAGAUUUCGAUUCUCGUCAACGGAUUGUUCGUGAGAACAGACUUUGCCUUCUUUGUCUCCAACGUGGUCAUAUAGUUGCUCAGUGCUGUUAUUCUCGAUGCUCGAAUUGUAGCGGUCGACAUCAUGUUUCUCUCUGUGGUAAAUUGUUUCCUCCGAGCGAACCAAACGCCAAUACCCAUCCUGAAACCCCUGUGAUUUCCGUGAACCCUACUCCGAAUCCAGCACUCUCUCAUUUCCCAAGGACAAACCCAGUUGAAUCAGUUCUCCCAGAGAUUCCAGUGAGAAGAUUUCGGUCGAAUGAACCCCAAGAAAUAACGCAAUUGCCUUCCCCUAUCGUUUCAUACCCUGCCGUUUCGUACCCUAUCGUAUCGCCCCUUAUCGUAUCGCAAUCUAUCGCAUCACCUAUCGUAUCGUCUAUCGUUUCGCACCCUAUUGUAUCGCAUCCUAUCGUAUCGAAAUCUAUCGUCUCGCCUAUCGUAUCGUCUGUCGUCUCGUCUCCCAUUUUAUCGUCUCCUAUCGUAAAAAAAUCUUCCUCCAUUCCCCAAGACUCCUCUCUGAAUGUUCGAAAUCCAUCUGAUCUCGUUAUGGUUCCCCAUGUUCGUCAUCGUAAAUGGUGUCGUAAGAAAAUUGUGGAUCGAUGGCAGGUAUUGCCGCUGGUCAAUAUUGGGUUCACGAAUCUUCCUCAACCCGAUUCCCCCUAUGACAAUUUAUCCGAAUCCCCGCACUCUUCCCCAUCGCCCUCUGGAUGUCAUUUUCUACCGAACCAAUUGCCGAUGGAACAACGCACUCGAUGCAAACUCAAAUUCCUGGACUUAGAACCUUUACAUGGACAACCCUUCGAAGAUGAAUAUCCGGACUCCCUCAUGACGUGCUCUUGCCCUGAUGUACCCAAUCCGAACCCGCCAGCCAUAGAAGAACCCUAUCGAUGUGAACCCAUGGUGAAGGAAAGAAGAGGAAAAGUGGGCAUGUUGGCGACUUCAUUGAAACCGCCAAUUCUUUCCCACGAAUUUGCAUAA